CCCGAAUGCAACUGCAAACGAUCUUGCUUCACACCGCUCGAAAAAAAAUCCCCGAUGACUCCCAUUUUGACACAACUUCCGCAGACCGAUUUCUUGUGGAGUCACCAGAAUUAACUCCGAGCUUCCUUCCCCGACUCAUUCUUCAACGCCGAGCGUCAAGAUUAUACUUAAACCAGAGCAUGCCUCGCUGACUGAUUUUACGAGCUUGAAGCACUGCUUGCUCCGACGAUUAUCCACUCUUUUCAAGGGUCCUGUGGUGACCGGAUUUUCGCAGACCCUGCACGCCGAUCGAUCGAUCCUAAUCGCCGACACGCUACCGGUUUCUGGCCGCAACUUUUUCUUAUUACCGACCGAUUUUUCCCUUCUUCUGUCGCUCGGUCUCAGUGGAAAUUUGUUUCAGUGUUACUUGAGCCUUUACUACCACCAUGACGGGCAUGCAACAGAACUACGACUCGGCCAGCGGCGACACGAUCGUUUCGCAAACCCCCGCGGAAAAAAGUCCCGUCGCGACACCCUCCCACGCUGCGCAAGAAGCGGAGCCCGAGCACAACAAGGAACUGGAUACCUCUGCGCCCGCUGAAGACCCAGAGAAGGACGACGAGGAUAAUGCGAUUAAGAAGCAGCCCUCCGGUGCGCCACUGGACCGCACACCCUCGCAAGCGGCUAGGAUGGGCAAAAAGAAGAUCAUCGUCGUGAUGACUGCGCUUUGCCUGGUGCUGUUCCUGGCUGCCCUGGAUAUGACUAUCAUCUCGACGGCCUUGCCGACGAUUGCGGCUGAUUUUGGUGCUUCAGAGAGUGGCUUCUCGUGGAUUGCAUCGUCGUACCUUCUUGCAAAUGCGGCUUGUAUUCCGCUCUGGGGCAAGAUCAGUGAUAUUUGGGGUCGCAAACCGAUCAUCCUCCUUGCCAAUACCUGGUUCCUGGUUGGCAGUCUGAUCUGUGCCUUGGCUAAGAACAUGGCCAUGAUUCUGGCCGGUCGUGCCAUUCAGGGUGUUGGAGGUGGCGGUAUUAUCAUCCUGGCUAAUAUCAGUGUAACGGAUCUGUUCAGCAUGAGAGAUCGCCCCAUGUACUAUGGACUCUUCGGUGCUACUUGGGCCAUUGCUGGUGCACUUGGACCUAUCAUCGGCGGUGCUUUCACCACUAGCGUUACCUGGCGAUGGUGCUUCUACCUGAAUUUGCCUAUCGGUGGAUUCUCGUUGGUCAUUCUGUUCUUCUUCUUGUCUAUCGAAUCUCCCAAGACACCAUUCCUGGCUGGUCUGCGCAGCAUCGACUGGGCAGGGACCUUCCUCAUAAUCGGUGGCACUCUGAUGUUCCUUUUCGGCCUCGAGUUUGGUGGCAUCAACUAUCCGUGGAAGUCAGCCACUGUUAUCUGUCUCAUCAUCUUCGGCAUCGUUGUGUGGGUUCUGGCUAUGCUCUCUGAAUGGAAGCUCGCCAAAUAUCCCAUUAUCCCCCCACGCCUGUUCAACGAGUGGUACAACGUUCUGAUUCUCAUGAUCUGCUACUGCCAUGGAUUCGUCUUCAUUUCGGGUGCCUACUACCUCCCGCUCUACUUCCAGACCGUUCUGCUGGCCUCCCCCAUCCUCAGUGGUGUCUACACCCUGCCCAUGGUUCUAUCGCUCUCCUUCGUCUCCGCCGCAACGGGCAUCAUCAUGAAGAAAACUGGUCGCUACCGCGAGAUGAUCGUCGCCGGUCUAUUCUUCAUGACCCUCGGCUUUGGUCUGUUUAUUGACCUCAAGCCCUACGCCUCCUGGCCCCGUAUCAUUCUCUUUCAGUUGAUCGGCGGUAUCGGUGUCGGCCCUAACUUCCAAGCUCCCCUCGUCGCUUUCCAGGCCAACAUUCGACCCGCAGACAUGGCCACUGCCACGGCCACCUUUGGCUUCGUCCGCCAGCUGUCAACGUCCAUGUCCGUCGUCCUGGGAACCGUCAUCUACCAAAACAUGAUGGGUCAACAAGCCGACAAGCUCAUUGCCGCUAUCGGCCCCGAACUUACGGCCGAAAUCACCUCCUCCUUUGCCGGUUCCUCCAAGACCCUCAUCCAGGGUCUGACCGAGUCCCAGCGCGAGGUCGUUCUCGACGCCUUUACUUUCGCUCUGAGCCGCAUGUGGAUCUUCUACACUGCCGUCGCAGGCGUCGGCUUCAUUCUUUCUCUGUUCAUUCGCCCUCGCGAAUUGACCAAGACGCAUACCAUCCGCAAGACCGGUCUCGAGGAGCAAGAGCGUGCACGCCAGGAACUGAUCGAGUCCCAGCGUAAGGCAGAGGGAAAGCCCGAGGUUGAGGCUUGAGUUGGUUUGGUCUGGCUUAGCUUCGCCUGACUACCCUUUUUGAUACCCAUUAUCCUUUUUCAUAUCUCUUAAUCUUGGCUUCUUUGCCUGGAGCAUCCCCAUUUUCUGGAUCUGCGACCCCCCUUUUCGCGGCAUAAAAUUCAGCGGUUAAUGUUUAUGUAUUUAAAUCAAUUUUAGCAUCGUGGGCUAGCCCACUCGAUAGGUUUGCUGUGCAUUGCAUUACUGUCGUGAGAAUCUGGCUUUAAGCUUCAGUUUACGGUACCUCAUUCGGCUUUCCCGGCAUACAAAAAGUACGAUAUUUCGUGUAUACUGUAUAUACCAGAUU